AUGACGCAGAGGAACCACGCAUCACCAAUAUGCCAUAGAGGCACCGCGCACCACCUACAUGUACAUGCCAUAGAGGCACCACGUACCACCAACAUGUCACAGAGAGACCACGCGCCACCAACAUGUCACAUAGAGACCACGCACCACCAACAUGUCACAGAGAGACCACGCACCACCAACAUGCCACAGAGGAACCACGCACCACCAACAUGUCACAGAGGGACCACGCACCACCAACAUAUCACAGAGGUACCACGCACCACCAACAUGUCACAGAGGGACCACGCACCACCAACAUGUCACAGAGGCACCACGCACCACCAACAUGUCACAGAGGGCCACGCGCCACCAACAUGUCACAGAGGCAUCACCCACCACCAACAUGUCACAGAGGGACCACGCACCACCAACAUGUCACAGAGGAACCACGCACCACCAACAUGUCACAUAGGGACCACGUACCACCAACAUGUCACAGAGGGACCACGUACCACCAACAUGUCACAGAGGCACCACGCACCACCAACAUGUCACAGAGGCACCACGCACCACCAACAUAUCACAGAGGCACCACGCACCACCAACAUGUCACAGAGGGACCACGCACCACCAACAUGUCACAGAGGAACCACGCAUCACCAACAUGACAUAGAGGGACCACGCACCACCAACAUGUCACAGAGAGAUCACGCACCACCAACAUGA